ACGAGCAAUUAAGCUUUGUUGGUGGUAAAACCAAAGGUAUAUGCAAAAUCAGUAGUGCAGAUCCAAGACUGUCAAGUGUGCCUUUAUAUCUUGAGUACGAGCUCGGAAAUGCCUAUACUGUUGUUUGCUCACCUUCAGAAUUUAAAGGGAAUCCUUUAGUUCUCAUAAGUCCAUUCAGUAAUCAUUUUGAAUAUAAGACAAGUUCAUAUAAAAUUAUUACGGGACUUGAUCAUAGCAAGACAAAAUUUAUUGAUAAUGAUAAUUAUGUUAUUGAAUUUGUUAAAAUAACCGAUCUUACAGAGCAAAAACAUGAACAAAGUCAUAUUAUUGGACUUACAGAGCUUGUAAAGUCUAACCUUAAUAUCACCGACAAUCCCAUUGAGACAAUGGCAGACACAGUAUCAACCAAAACUGUAAUGACACAGACAGAACCUAUUGUCGAGGAUACUAAAAAGCUAACCUAUAUUGCAAAGGGUAUAAUGUUCAAAGCAUACAUUGUUUCAUUUGGAAUGAAAAGGAGGAGUUUAAUCAGGGAAGCACGAAGGGCAUUAUACGAUUUGUCAGCACCGAUCCAAGUUUAA